AUGGCCCGCCGAGCCGCCACCACCAGCGGUGCUCCCGCCCAGCGCGGUCCCGCACCAGAGAUCAAAGCAGACACCACGGACACGAGCUCAACAGCCAGUCGGGCUUCCACGGCACCUAAACCGUCGCGCAAGCGCCGUCCUCGGAACCGCUCGACCGCCUCGACCGCCUCAACAGCCUCUACCCCCGCGCCCAGCACUCCCACCCUCAAGCAUCACACCACUAGUACUAACAAUAGUAGCUAUGAUCCCCUCACAGAGGCCGUAAUCAGCGCCCUCGCCGCCUUUGGUGAAUUCUUCCUCUCCCUCAUCACCUUCCUUCGCGACGCCCUAACCACCACGCUGCGUCUGCUGCGGACGCCGCUGUCCAUCCUCCUCGGACUGUACCUCGUCGCCGUCACCGCCGCAUACUGCUACCGCGCCCUGUCGACGCCUAUUACGCGUGCGCUCCUCCCGCUAUGUAGCAUCCCGGGGGUCUCGUUGCUGGAUAUACCGCUGUGUAACACUGUAUAUACCGCGACCCCGACGCGCACGAGAACGGACUUUAAAGCCCUGGUCGAACUACAGACUUCCUUCGAGGACAUCAUUGAGAAAGCGGCCAGCGGCUCGGGCUUGGGUAAUGACCUGAAGAAGUCGGAGUUCGCGGUGUCGGACUUGAAUUCGCUGGUCCGCGCUUCAACACUCGAGUGCCGAGAUGAGCUCUCCAGCCGCCUCGAAUCCUUUAUCACAGACGCGAAACGCACCUCCAAAGAACUUACACGGUUCAGCUCCAAAGUCUCCGGCGUUGUCGACUCCAUUAUCUCCAUCGACAACUACGCUCUCCGCACGCUCUCCGCCGCCCGCGCAAUCGAGCUCUCCGCAGCCCCGCACAACCCCGUGGUCGCAUACGCGCUUGCACCGUUCCGGCGCUUCACGGCAGUGGCAGACGCGGAGGCGUCCGUCAGGGACACCUUUGUGAGGGCGGGUAAUAUCAUGGAGGAGAACAUCAGGGGGUUGGUGUUGAGGGCCAAGGCGUUGUUGAAUGAUCUUGAGAUGAUGGAAGAAAAGUUGAGAGUCAUACAGGAGGUUGUGGCGAGGGAGGGGAAUACUGUUAAUGAAGCGUAUGACGAUGUGCUAUCCCACCUCUGGACGCUCCUCGGCGGUAACCGCGGCGUCAUUGGCCGCUACCAGUCGCAGCUGUCACUCCUCACCGACCUCUCCGGCUACCGUGGAAAGGCAAUGGCGCAUGUUCGCGUGUCGUUAAUGCGGCUGGAGAAGAUGCAAUUGGACCUGGAGGAUCUGAGAGACCAUAUGGCGAGGCCGGGGGUGCUGGCGGAGGCAGGGAUGGAGGGGCUGCCGUUGGAGGUGCAGAUGGAGACGAUUAGGAGGGGGGUGGACAGGUUGAAGGGCAGUAUGGAGAGAGCGAAGGAGUUGACGGAUAGGCAACAAGAGAGAAUGUUAGCGAAGGAUACCGGGAGUAUCAUUGGGAUAGAACAGGCGCUGGACGGAUGA